AUGGACUUUGAAAGUCCUGACGUGGAAAAAGAUUUUCCAGGAUUAUACGCCUCCGAAACCGGACGAAAAAGCAAUGAAAGUGACUUUAGUGAUGGUGCGGAUCAUGAAAAACCAAGUAAGAAGGAUUUAUUGGGACGGCGUAAAGAUAAAAAAGAGUCCAAGAAAGAUCGGGGAUAUGCAGCAUUAGAAGGUGAAAGCUCUCCAGAAGAGGACACUGACACCAAGAGUCCAUCAAAGUCAAAAAAGACAAAAUCUUUCAAAUUCCCUUCUAAAAACAAGGAAAAGCGUGAGAAAUCACGAGAUAAGGAAAAGGUUCUGGAGGAUUCUGCUAAACAAAAAGAGUUGAAUGAAAAAGAGAAGAAAAAGGAAAAAGAAAGGGAAAAGGAGCGUGAGAGGGAGAAGAAGGAAAAAGAAAAACGUGAAAAGUUAAGAGAAAAAGAUAAAGAAAAGGAGGAAAAGGCAAAGUUCAAACUAGAAUCGAAAGAGAAGCUGAAGGAUGAUAAGAAAGAGAAGACUAAGGAGAAGGAGAAAGAAAAAGUCAAAGAAAAAGACAAGGAGAAAGUGAAAGACAAGGAAAAGGAUAAAAAGGAUAAGAAAAUUACUAAAGUGCCGUCAACAGUGACGUCGGGAGUGCCUUUUGAGGAGAUUUUCACUUUAGGAGUCGCUCUCCCCAUAUUCGGAGUGCCUCUCCAGCAGUCGGUCGAGCGUUCGAGGUGCCACGAUGACACGAGGCUGCCGUUGGUUGUGCGCGAUAGCAUCGACUUCCUCCAGGCGCACGGCUUGAAGUCCACUCAGAUCUACCGCUCAGAUCCGGACAAGAUAAAGCUCCAGCAACUCCGCAAACUGUUCACGGACCGAGGACCCACUUUCCCCUACCAUUGGGACGUGCCAGUCGCCUGCGCCAUGCUCAAAGCGUUCAUCAGCGAGCUGCCGGACUCCAUCCUCACUCAGGAGCUGCACAGCCAGUUCGAGCAGGCGGCCGCGAUAGCCGAGCCCCAGCGCGAAGCCGCCCUGGUGGCCCUCAUCGCCAAGCUGCCCAAUUGCAACAGGACCCUACUGGCGUGGCUGAUGCGACACUUCGCUAGCGUGGUCGCCAACGAACAGGUUAACGAGGCAAACGUGCAGACGAUCGCAAACGCGAUGGGCCCCGCCCUCAACAUGUCGCUCAAUCUACUCGCCUAUCUCAUCACUAAAGCGGAAAAACUAUUCCCGGACGUCACUCUCGCGAAGUACGUGCCGCCGCUGCUGACGCUGAGCGGCGAGCUCGGCGGCGACUCGGCCGCGCUGAGCGCCGAGCUGCGCAAGCAGGAGUCGCUGCUGAGCCAGAUCCAUGCGGAGAUGCACGCCGGCUUCAUAAGCGCCGCGAGGGACCAGCGCCUGUGGGAGGCGCAGCGCAUCGUCACGCAGCUCAAGCGGAAAUUGCGGUCAGUGCAAAAGUCCACGGAGCCCACCGUCCUGGCGCAGCAGCCGUCGCUCGACGAGAAGCCCGAAGAGGAGGUCUCCCAAACGAACUCACAAACGCACUCGCAAACGCAAUCGCAAACGCACCCACAAACGAACUCGCAAACGAACUCACAAACGAACUCCCGAGCGAACGACGCACUUCAGGCGGACACGGAACCCGCCAUAACGCCAUCGGUGGACGCCUUCCACGACGGCAAGCUGUCACCGGGUGACAACACGUUUCCCGUCGAGUUUGAGGACAACUUCGGCGCCCAGGCCGAGCCGAAUGUCCGGACGGUAACUCCAGAACCGGACAAGCCGAAGCUCACCGAGAAGGAGCUAAUGGUGCUGCGACUGGAGCUCGAGAACGCCGAGUAUCUGCAGCUCAAGUCGCUGCUUCAAGCGAAGAUAAACUCGGAGCAGUUCGAGAUUGUGAAGCUUAGGAGCCACGUGGCGUUGAAGAGCAAACAAGAGGGCGCGCAAGUCGCUAGGGAACAGAGGGAACUCCCCUCGGCGGAGGAGCACGAACUGAAGCAAAGGCUGCUGAAAGAGAACGCGCUACUGGAGCAGAAGAGACUGAGUCUCGUCAACCAGAUAUUCCAGGAGAGGGUCGCCUGCGUCCAGCUCAAGAUUGAGCUCGCGAUGAAGGAGAUACUGUCCAAAUCG